UUUUGUUUACCGUCUCCUUGCUGAAAACCUAAACCGUCACGUGAUAAGGAACCAUCGUCACGUGAUGUUGAGCAUGUGACAUUUUAGUUUCAGUUGACGCGACAGAUUUCAUCAUUUGAUUCAAAACCAACAAUGGAAGCGUUAUUCGGGCACAUUGAUAAGAACGCAGAUAAAUAUAUCAAGCGUUUGUCUGACGUGGUUGCAAUAAAGAGUGUGUCAGCAUGGCCAGAGACAAGGCCAGAGAUCAGAAAGAUGGUCGAGUGGACAAAAGGGGAGCUUGAGAAACUUGGUACAACAUGUGAACUUGAAGAACUCGGAGAUCAGAUAUUGCCAGAUGGACAAAAACUUCCACUGCCACCAAUACUACUUGGAACACUAGGAAAUGAUCCUAAAAAGAAGACUCUUCUUGUAUAUGGGCAUCUUGAUGUUCAGCCCGCAGAAGUGAGUGAUGGAUGGGACACUGAACCUUUUGUUCUGACUGAGAAAGAUGGUAAAUUAUACGGCCGGGGGGCAACAGAUGAUAAAGGGCCUGUCCUGGGCUGGAUUAACGCUCUGGAAGCAAUGAAGGAGCAAGGAAUGGAAGUUCCCAUAAACCUUAAAUUCAUUUUUGAAGGCAUGGAAGAAUCUGGAUCUGAGGGGCUGGAUGAGUUAGUCUUCUCUAAAUCAGAUACUUUCUUAAAGGAUGUAGACUUUGUGUGUAUAUCUGACAACUAUUGGCUUGGCAAGAAGAAACCCUGUAUCACAUACGGUCUCAGGGGAAUUUGUUACUUCUUCCUAGAGGUAGAGUGUGCAUCAAAAGAUUUGCACAGUGGUUUAUUUGGAGGAACAGUUCAUGAAGCAAUGGGUGACCUGGUUCAUAUCAUGGGUAGUCUGGUAGAUUUAAAUGGUAAGAUUCUGAUACCUGGCAUCAAUGAUGCUGUUGCCAAGCUGACUGAAGAGGAAAAGGCUUUAUAUGGGCCAAUUGACUUUGAUACAAAUGAGUAUAAGUCUGAUAUUGGCGUUAAUAAACUGAUACACAAAGAGAAACAUGAGGUUCUAAUGGCGCGCUGGAGAUACCCAUCUCUGUCACUACAUGGUAUCGAGGGAGCAUUCAGCGGUGCAGGAGCUAAAACUGUGAUACCCAGGAAGGUGAUUGGGAAAUUUUCUAUUAGAUUAGUGCCUGAUAUGCAGCCAGAAGAGGUUGAAAGAUUGGUAAAAGCUCAUGUUGAGAAAGUGCAUGCAGACAGAGGUAGUCCAAAUAGAAUUAAAUUAUUUCUGGAAGGUGGAGGAGGUAAACCAUGGGUCAGUGAUUUUAAUCACCCUAAUUUUGUAGCGGGCAGGAAAGCCGUCAAUAAAGUAUUUGGCGUGGAGCCUGACCUUACUAGAGAGGGUGGAAGUAUUCCAGUGACCUUGACCUUCCAAGAGGCGACAGGGAAGAACGUCAUACUUCUCCCUAUAGGAGCCUCUGAUGAUGGCGCUCAUUCACAAAAUGAAAAGAUUGACAAAUACAAUUACAUUCAGGGGAUAAAACUGCUUGGAGCGUACAUGGAUGAAAUUGGAAAAACUGCAUAAUAAAUAGAGAACUAUUGUCAUUGACUGUUUAAUGUGCCAUCAGUGAUUUUCCUGCUUAUAUAACAGACUCAGAUAAACGACCUGUUCCCAAUUGAAAUAUUCUUUAAAAUUAAGCAGUUUUAAAAUCUGAACUUAAACCUGCUUUUUAGUUCCCAAAUCAGCAAUUUUAGUGAUAUUUUUCCCCAAAAUUUAAGAGGCUAAGGCCUCUUCCUAGUUAAGUGAGAAAAAUCACUGGCCAUUAUUGUUCAAAUAUUAAUGAAAUGGCCUUCCUGGAAGGCUUAGACUAAAAUCUACAUGUACUCAACUAACAAUUGUGGCAAAUAUUAACAUGUUUAUGAUGAAAGUAUAAUUAUGUUAGAGCCAUUGGACAUGUAGUGCUAGUAUUUUUUAUGGGGUGUGGAUAUUAUAUAAUUAGAUUUGAUAUUUUGAUGUUUGAAAAUGUAGACAUUUAAAUUUUGUUAUGCAGUAUUAAUUGGGAGUCAUUCACCAGUCAAGUGUAACCUCAGUAACCCCAGGGAAAAGCAGGGAUAUUACUGCUGAAUUAUCAGAAGAAAAAUUUAGUUUGUAUAUUGUUUGUAAGUAACAAUAUUUCUGACAAAGGCAUUCAAGUUGAUAUGUUGUCUUAAUCUUAUUUACUGAAUUUUAUUAUUUACAAGCAAAACGACAGAGAUUUUUCUUUAAUUGUGUGAGAAAAAUCAAAUUUGAUAAUUCAUAAUUGAAAUGGCAGGAUUAUUUUAAAGCAACAUACAAAAACAAAAUUAAUACAGUCACUGAGUCAGUUAUUUCAUCUUGUGUAAUGCACUUAAUAUCCACUUAAACUACUUAAAGAAAAUCAUGAGUUAAGAUAUGCACUGAUAGUAACAUAAAUGAAGUAGAAAUAUGGUGUAAAAAAAUUAGCAUUUAACAUUAUUCAUGAAGUGAGUUAUGUUUUGGGUUGCAAAUACCAAUAAAUUUCUUAGAACUAGUUACAUUUUUCUUUAGUUUAAAAUCUUUGUUUGCACAUCUGGAGAUAAUUAGUUUGAAUUCUUUGCCAAUUUUCUGAUGGAUAUUUAUGUAAAUGAUUAGUUCUACAGUUCUUUCAGAUAUUAAUACAAGACUACAGUGCACAUGUGUUAACCAGAUAAACUGAUUAUUAUGAUACAUGUAUUUACAAUUUAAACAUACGAUAUUAAAUCCCUAUUUUUUAUCAUGAUUAAAUUAUGCGAUGUAGUACCUUAAGUGUUCUUAUUUCAUUGAUUUGUAUCAUGGUUCCAAAUUCAUUUCUUGUCAGAAAGUUAAAUACAGCAAUGUUAUUUCUUUUGUAUUAUUUCAAUAAAUGGCUACUAAUAUAUGACUUUUU